CGGGAUGCGGAACAGCUCACUUCCCCCCCCUUGCUCGCAAUGCAUCUCGGGCAGUGAGGAGUGUGGCGUGCUGGGCGCGCGGUGCAUGGUGGGAGAAGCCCUUUUCCUUGCCAUGCGACUAGGAAGGAAAUAGGUUGUCGUUGUUUCCUUCCAGUUGUGCUGUUUACAACGCGGAUAAAACCUUUUGGGCUAAGCUGAGCACCGAAGGAGACUCCGUGAGCGAUGGGGGUUCCCUCCCAUCCACGGAAAAGAGCUAAAACCCGUAAAGGCCAGAAGAAACAGACCUCGCCUUCGCGCUCAGCCCAGGGCGGUGCCAGCAAAGAGAGCAAAGGGGUCUCGUUCCCCAAGUUGGAGCCUCCGUCCGCAGACUAUUUUCGGCAGGCUCACGAGACUCUGAAAUCCGGCUUUGACUCUGACGAGGAGAAGGAUCUGUUCAUCAGCAAUGUCUUGGAGGAAGCCAAAGGGGUGGCUCUGCCGUUAGCUUUGGAUAAAGCGGGAUCUCUUCUCCUCCAGGCCCUCAUUCCUUCCGCCUCCUCGUCCAGCUUGUGCUGCCUGCUCCGAGGCCUGAUCCCGUCCCUGCGCUUGGCGGCUUGCCACCCGUGCGGGGCCCACAUCUUGGAGGCUAUCCUGCUGAGGGCCCCCUUGCUGAUCAAAGAUGGAGCAGAGGACUCUGAGAUUCUGGGGCACCUGGUUCUGGAACUGGGAAGGGCAGUAGAGAGAGAGUUCUCAGCCUUCGUGUCGGAUGUCCAUGCCAGCUUCGUGGUGCGGACUCUCCUGCAGGUGCUUGGAGGCGUCCGAGUCGGGUCGGAUGGGGGCCGGGGGCUCCCGGGUUUAGGUAACUCUUCCCAUCUUUCCCUUCUAAUGUCUCUUUCUGGUGACAGCGUGCGCCCACUGUGGCAAAUAAAGAAUCGUAUUUUCAGUGCCGCUUUCCCGCCUUUGUAUCUCCCACCCCCCCUUCCAGGGAUUUCGCCCUCUAGAGCCAGACACGCGAAGCCAGAGAGUGAUGGACCCACAGAGUUUGAGGUUCCCGACACCUUCCUCUCCCUCCUGCAUGAAUUCAGCGAGUGCUUUCAGGAGCACAUUUCAGAUUUUAUUACCAACAAGUUUUUCAGCCUCUGCCUCCAGGUGGCGCUGGAGGUUUUGCACCGGAAGCUGCCCCAGGACUGUUCCGAUCUGUCCCGCUCCGUGAUUGGCUACUUGAGCUCCUGCAACCCGGCUGCUGGGCAAAGCACACUCCUUGUGUUCCUGAAAGAUGCCAUGUGCAGCCGGGUGCUGGAUAAGGUCCUGGAGGUGUCUGACCGAAAGGCGUUGCUUUCCUUCUACAAGGCCCACGUCAAGGGGCAGUUGCAGGUCCUGGCAGUCCACAAAGUGGCCAAUUUCACCUUGCAGCGUCUCAUCCGGGCCGCGUCCCCGAAGCUGUUGGCGAAUCUCCUUGAGGAGCUGAGUCCAGGCGUUGAAGCGAUCAUGGCUCACGAGCACCUGGGAGUGAUCACGGCGCUCCUGGGGGCCUGCCGGAAACACGGGGCUCACCAGCAGGAAGUGGUGCGGAUCCUCCUGGAGGCUUUCCACUGCUGGGAACCUGCAUCCCGCCAGCUGGCGUGUGUCCCUCUCAUUGCUUCCGUGCUGGCAUACGAGGUGUAUUAUGGGGAAGAGGUAGAGGACGACCCAUCCCAGUCCAAGGCUGACCUGUCCCGUCCUUUGAGCUCUGUCUCCUACCACGGCUCCCUCCUGCUCCAGCACUUGCUGCAUUUUGCUGACCCCUCGGUUGUGCUGCAGAGCAUGGCGUCCAUGACCCCCGAGGACCUGGUCACGCUGGCUUGUGAUCCGGCAGGCAGUCACGUCUACGAUGCCCUCUUGGCCAGCCCCUCCGUCCCCGAGAAACAGAGGCGGAAAAUUCUCCGUCUGCUCAAGGGCCGCUAUGUGUCUCUGGCUUGCAACAAACACGGGAGCCGUGUUCUGGACGCCAUGUGGGGCCGGGCCACUCUGCCUGCCAAGCGAGAGAUGGCUCAGGAGCUUGCGGAGCAGGAACCGCAGCUACGGCACGACCCUUUCGGCCACCACGUGGCCCGCAACUUCGCCUUGAUGCACUUUCUCAAACGCCGCCGGGACUGGGAGCAGCACCAGGAGGCCGAGAAGAAGCGGAAGGACCUUUUUGCCGAGAUCCUGGAGGGCUAACUCAGAAAGGAGGGCGGCCGGUCCGGAAACCGAUGAUUGCAACCUUCUUGCCUCGCCGGGAAAACGACGGACCGGCUUUGCAAAGCCGCCUGGUGGCGCUCGCACUCCUUAAGACUGUUUUGGACCGGCCGAAGCACCAGAGACUAUGCAAAGGGGCUUGCGGGCACAGCACUCCUCUGCCUGUUUUCAAAUUGGAUAUAUUU